AGCAGUCACUGGAAAACAAGCUUUGGUGCCAGAGCCUUCGGUGGCUUCCCAGGCUGCCUGUUCAGAGACAGGGCCAUGGACACGGCUCGGGUGGCCGUCGUGGGCGCCGGCCUGAUGGGGCUCUCCACGGCUGUGUGCAUUUCCGCCCUGGGGCCAGGGUGCACCGUCACCGUCCUCUCGGACCAGCGUUCUCCCGACACCACCAGCGACGUGGCGGCCGGCAUGCUCAUUCCGCACGCAUAUCCAGACACGCCCAGCCACAAGCAGAAGCAGUGGUUCAGGGAGACCUUCGAGCACCUGUCCGCCAUCGCCAGCUCCGCCGAAGCCGUGGACGCCGGCGUUCACCUGGUGUCCGGUUGGCAGAUAUUUCGGAACGCUCCUGCUGAGGAAGAGCCCUUCUGGGCUGACGUCGUCCUGGGAUUUCGAAAGAUGACCGAGGCCGAACUGAAGAAAUUCCCCCAGCACGUGUUCGGCCAGGCCUUCACCACCCUGAAAUGCGAAGGCUCUGCCUACCUCCCGUGGCUGGAGAGAAGGCUACAAGGAAGUGGAGGCGUGAUUCUCACCCGCCAAGUGGAAGACCUGUGGGAGCUCCACCCGAGCUUCGACAUCGUGGUCAACUGUUCCGGCCUUGGGAGCAGACGGCUGGCGCGAGACUCCGCGGUUUUCCCUGUGAGGGGGCAGGUGCUCCAGGUCCAGGCGCCCUGGGUGAAGCACUUCAUCCGAGACGGCAGCGGGCUGACGUACAUUUACCCCGGGGCAUUCCAUGUCACCCUGGGGGGGACCAGGCAGCCAGGCGACUGGAAUCUGUCCCCAGAUGCUGAGGUUAGCAAAGAUAUCCUUUCCCGGUGCUGUGCUCUGGAGCCCUCGCUCCACAGAGCCUACAACAUAAAGGAGAAGGUGGGCUUGAGGCCCUCCCGGCCAGGCGUGCGGCUACAGAAAGAGCUUUUAACCCGGGACGGCCGCAGACUGCCUGUGGUCCACCACUACGGCCACGGCGCCGGCGGCUUCUCCGUGCACUGGGGCAUGGCUCUAGAGGCCGCCAGACUGGUGAGCGAGUGUGCCCAGGCCCUCGGGACCCCUGCCCCCCACUCAAAGCUCUAGAUGACAUGAAGUGACAGCAAGUGGCCCCAGAGAGCGUGGAUCAAAGCCCAAUAGCAGCACCAGAUGGGCUCAAAUAACAUUUUCACUGCAUGAAAGUUUAAUCAGAUGCUUUUUUAUUUUCAAAAUGAGAAAUGAUGCAACACGUAUCAGUAGCAUGAGCAAGGCUACUACUCAUGACAUGGGGCAUAAAGCCCUAUUUUUAUUAAAAAGUGUACGUUAUAUAGGGCCAGAUUUCUUUUGAAUCUGAUGCGCAAAGAUCUAUGCUAAUUUACGUGAAGGCUCAAGCCGUAGGGAGUGCUGUAUUUUGGCUCACAAAUCCAUGGCGGAGAUGAUGCAUGGGAAACACUUCAAUUGCGGCCAGUUGCAGAGCUGCCUCUGGCCCUGUUAGGUGAUCGCUGACCCUUCUAAGGAAAACCCCCUGGUGUCCAUGUGAUGCAGACGCAUUGCACUUGACUGAGGACCACGCAUGAUUAUUGCCAGGACAAGUGGCGACCUCCCACCCUCAGCUGGCGGGGACGGCAGAAGAUGGAGAUGAAGUUGCCUACGGGUGUGGCAUCCACUCAGUAGCCGCCUGGGCUGUAUAUUCCAUUACCAUAACUGAUGAGGAGCUGGCUGGGACGGCUGACUUACCUAAGCAGUUUUGAAGAUUGAAUUAUAUGUGUUGUACCCGAGCUAAUUUGCUGAUGGAGAUGGAUUAAUCAUUCUGAAUGAAGUAUAACCAAAGAGUAUUCUGUAGGCUGUUAAAAAAAAUAGUGAGGAAGAGAGUUGCAUCUCAUAAUAAAAUGAGCUUGGAAACUGCUGAGCCGGGUAGGUUUAGCCUGGCUCCUGGACUCGGGCCGACUCAGUAUCUAGAGUGCUCGAGAAAGUUUUAGGCGUGGGGACGCGGUAAAUGGGGUAAUAAGGGAGGCUGACGCAAACUGGAUUUAACUUUAGUUUUAAUUUUGGAGGGAGAUGACUCAAGUGUAAUAAUAAGAAGUUCUAUUAAACAUUUUAUGCAUUUGAAAGGCAGAGAGGAGAUAGGGAGAGAGAAAGAGAGAAUUCCACCUGCUAGUUCACUCCCCAAAUGCCCACAAAGCAGGGAGCCAAGACCUCCAUCUGGGACUCCCGUGUGGGUUCAGGGACCCAAGUACUGUAGCCAUCCUUGCUGCCUCCCAGGAACUGGAAGCCACGCUGAGUCUUGAACGCAGAGCACUCGAACAUGUGACAUGGGCGUCCCAAGUGGCAUCUUACCCGCUGUGUCAAAUGCCUGCCCCCUAAGUUGUGUUUUGGACAUCCUUAGCGGUGGGAGGGUGGGGGAAAUGCGGGGUUGGGAAUGAAAAUGUGGGAAAGAAAAAGUUUCCAGCACAGCUCUGUGUGGACAGCUUUCUUCACUGGGAUUCAGCAUAUGAUGACGUUUGAAAAGAAUAUUUUGCUGAGGGGAGGGGGGGAAGGUUCCUGGAGAAAAUGCUCUUAAUCAUCUUUUGCAGUAAAAAUUCUCAAUUUAAAUAGGGUGGGACAGUUUCUAUUGGUUUCCACCAGGGGGUGGUGUUGUCUCAAAUUCGAAUGCAUUGGUAAAUUUGAAAAUGGACAAAUGACUUGAAAUUAAAAAAAAAAAAAA